AUGCGCUCUUCGCUUUCCGUUCUUUCGGCCGUGACCCUCUUGGUCCAGGGCCUUCACGCCUACUCUACCAACUACACCAGCCAGAAUCUUGCUUCCGGAACCAUCAAGCUCGGAGACUGGCAAAAUGCCUAUGACCGCGCAAAAACAUUCGUCGAUGGGCUCAGCACUUCUGAAAAGGUUUCCCUGAUCACUGGCUCCGAUGUCUCCAACUUUACCGCUCUCUACUUCAGGGAUUCCGGCGACUCCAUUCUCGACUACUACUACGUCACCACCUGGCCCCUCUCCUCGGCCCUUGCCAUGACUUGGGACAAAGAUCAGAUGUACCAGAUGUACAAGGCCUUGGGCGACGAGUUCUACGCCAAGGGAAUCAACGUUGCCAACGGCCCUGUCAGCCAACCCUUGGGCCGUUCUCCCUGGGGUGGACGCAACGGCGAGUCAUUCGGUCCCGACUCGUACCUGAACGGCAUCGCUUUUGGUCUUUCCGUGAAGGGCUACGGCGAUGCUGGCGUCAUUUCCGGAGCCAAGCAUUUCCUCUUGAACGAGCAGGAAAACAACCGCACCCAGAGUUCUACCGGUGGCGGUGGCGGUGGCGGCAGCCCUCCCAGUGAUGGCGCCAACUCCACCGUCUCUAGUGGCGGCGAUAACUCCACCUCGCCCGAUGGUGGCAUGGCCGGCGGCAGCGAUUCAUCGAGCUCUGAGAGCACUGCCUACUCCGCUCAGGUUGAUGACAAGACCCUCCAUGAGACGUACAUGUGGCCUUUCUAUGACGGUGUCAAGGCCGGUCUGGGCGCUGUGAUGUGUGCUCUGAACCGAGUGAACGAGACCUACGCGUGCGAGAACCAGGACCUCAUUGGCGGUAUGCUCAAGACUGAGAUCGGAUUCCCUGGUUUCGUGUUUGGCGACGUUGGUGGUCAGAAGACUGCCUUCGGGUCUGCCAAUGCCGGCAUGGACUACGGCAGUUCCUCGACUUGGAGCAACUCGACCAUCAACACGGGUCUGAACAACGGUUCUUUGACCGAGGCUCGGCUGACCGACAUGGCCGUCCGCAAUGUCUUGCCCUCGUACUAUUUCAACCAGCAGGAUGGCUCGUACCCCGCGACCGCCGGCCUUGAGGACUACGUCGACCCCCGUGCGAACCACAGCAAGAUCGCCCGUAACAUUGCCGCUUCCUCGCUGGUACUCCUCAAGAACGUCAACGGCGCCCUGCCCCUGAACAAGCCGAAGUCCAUGUCCAUCUUCGGUGCCCAUGCCGGCGCUGCGAAUGCCGGCCCCAACGACCCCCUCUCCGUCACCGGCUCUGACGACGUCUUCCAAGGCCACGCCGCCAGCCUGGGCGGCAGCGGCACCGGCUCGUUCUCCUACCUGAUCACCCCCCACUACGCCCUGACUACCAAGGUCAUCGAGGACGGCACCAUGUUCCGCUGGCUCAUGAACGACACGGCCUAUGCCUCGUCCAGCAGCUCGGGCGGCGUCUCGGGCUACUCGUCGGGCACCGGCGCAGCCCACACCUACGCCGCCUACGCCGCCGACACCGAAGUCUGCCUCGUCUUCCUGAACUCUUACUCGGGCGAGGGCGCCGACCGCACCGAGCUCUACAACACCGACCAAGACGCCAUGGUCGCCUCGGUGGCGGGCACCUGCAACAACACCAUCGUCGUCAUCAACGCCAUCGCCGCCCGCCUCGUCGACGCGUGGAUCGAGCACGACAACGUCACGGCCGUCGUGUACGGCGGCAUGCUCGGGCAGGAGUCGGGCCGCGCCAUCGUGGACGUCCUGUACGGCGACGUCAACCCGUCGGGCAAGCUGGCGUACACGCUCGCGCGCAACGAGUCCGACUACAACACGGCGCUGUGCACCGAGCUGCUGUGCGACUUCUCCGAGGGCAACUACAUCGACUACAAGUACUUCGACGCGUACAACGUCACCCCCCGCUACGAGUUCGGCUUCGGCCUGUCCUACACCUCCUUCGCCUACGCCGCCGACCUGACCGUCGCCAAGGCCCCCGCCGCCAACCUCGAGCAGAAGUACUCGCGCGGCCAGCGCGCCGUCGGCGGCCGCGAGGACCUCUGGGACGUCGUGGCCACCGCCGAGACCGACGUCUCCAACUCGGGCGACCGCGACGGCGCCGAGGCCGUGCAGCUGUACGUCGCCUUCCCCGACGCCGCCGCCCAGCCCGUCCGGCAGCUGCGCGGGUUCGAGAAGGUGCAGCUGGCCAAGGGCGAGAAGAAGACUGUCAAGUUCGAGUUGAGGAGGAGGGACCUGAGUUAUUGGGACGUGGAGGCGCAGAACUGGGCGGUCGCGAGUGGAGAGUAUACGUUUUGGGUGGGGGCGAGCAGUCGCGAUCUGAAGAGCAAGGCCACCUUGACGGUUUAG